AUCUAUAUAUGGCAGUAAAUAUAUAUGGCUGUAAACAGCAGUAGUUGUAUAUAUGUGUAUAGGAUCCAACUUCAGUUUAUUUCCUUUCUUGAAUUCCUUUAUUCUUUCCUAUUUUACAGAUGACUUGUAGGCUGUAAUUAAGAUUUGGCAGCAUAUAUAAUAUACGGAAACUCUCAUGUGAGGGUAUUCAAGCAAACUUGACAUGGUACCAGAGCCUUAGAUUUUUUUCUGGGCAAAUUUUUGGCAUCAGUUCUUCCUGGGCUAGUAGACGUUGCUUGUGUCGGCACUGUCUGUUUUCAGACUAGUGGUUUUUGGGGUCAUAGGCACUGUCUGUCUUCAGACUAGUGGUUUUUGGGUUCGUCGGCACUAUCUGUUUUCAGACUAGUGUUUUCUGGGGUCAUUGGCACUGUCUGUUUCAGACUAGUGUUUAUGUGAUAAUCGGCUUGGUCUGUUUUCAGCCCAGUAUUUUAUGGGUUCAUUCGAGUGGUCUGUUCUCAGACCCGUGGUUUCUGGCUUCAUACAAGUGGUUUGUCCUUGGACCAAUUGAUUCUAGAGAUUUCGGCACUUUCUGUUCUUGGAGGAGUAUAUUGUGAAUUUCGGCACUUUGAUUAUUUUUGGAACCAGUUGUUUCAGGUAUUCUUUUUUGGUCCUCUCGAUUUUUAAUUCUCCAGCCAGUUUUUUUUUGGUGCUCUCGUUUUCUUCUAUUCUUGGGAAAUUAUGUCAGGCAAAAAUUCCAUUAUUCGUUUUAAUGGGAAGAAUUAUCCAAGUUGGGAAUUUUAGUUUAGGAUGUUUGUGAAAGGGAAGGAACUCUGGGGUCAUUUGGAUGGGUCUUCUAUGGCUCCUACUGACCUUAAAGAAUUUAGUUCCUGGUCUAGCAAAGAUGCCAAGAUUGUUUCCUGGCUAUUAAGUUCUGUUGAACACAUAUGGUCAACAACCUUCAAUCAUUUACUACUGCUAAGGAGAUGUGGGACUAUUUUAGGCGUGUAUAUUAUCAAGACAAUACUGCACGCAAAUUUCAAGUUGAGUUAGAGAUUUCCAACUACAAACAAGGUAAUCUCUCUAUUGAACAGUUCUAUGCUAGGUUUCUAAAUUUAUGGAGUAAGCAUUCUGGGAUAGUAUAUUCCAAAGUUCCUAAGGCAGCCCUAGAAGCAUUCCAAGUUGUUCAUGCUGAGAGUCAAAGAGAUCAAUUCUUGAUGAAACUAAGACCUAAGUUUGAGACUGCACGAGCUGGUUUGAUAAACCGUAAUCCUGUUCCUUCCUUGGAUGUGUGCCUGGGGAAAUUAUUGAGAGAAGAGCAGCGUCUUGCUACUCAACAUGGACUCACUCAAGAAACUGUGACAACUGAGAUGGUUAAUGUGGCAUAUGCUGCUCAAGGGAAAGGAAGAUCCAAGACACAGAUACAGUGCUUUAGUUGUAAGGAAUUUGGGCAUAUUACAAAACAUUGCAGCAGAAAAUUCUGCAAUUAUUGCAAAAAGGAGGGCCAUAUUAUUAAAGACAGUCGCGUGCGACCUCAGAAUCGACAGAGCCAAGGAUUUCACACCGCUGCCCAGGUUAAUUUCGCUGCUGUCCCCUUUGUAUCUACUCCGGGGCAUCCACCUACAGCUGGUUCUUCAUCUCCUCUUACACCUACGAUGGUCCAACAGAUGAUUGCUUCCGCUUUUUCUGCGCUUGGUCUUCAAGGAUCAAGUGUCGGGAAACGUGAUAGCGAAGGGGCCUAAAGUGGGACGUCUAUUUCCUCUUCAGUUUUCCAUUUCUAGUUUUGAUUCCUUUGCUUGUACUGCUGUAAUAAUAGUGAUGUUUGGCAUAAAAAAUUGGGACAUCCCAAUUCUUCUAUUUUGAAUCAUCUUCUGAAACAAGGUUAUUUGGGGAAUAAAAAAUCU